AUGGCUGCUGUCGCAGAAAACGGUUCCCUACCGGUGAACAACGAGAACGCCGCCCCCAUACCUACAGCAACCGAGCAAAAGGAGCAGACCGAGAAAGCGAAUGGAGACUCGAUCACAGUGUUCCAUGAUGCGGAAAACUUCAACGUGAAGCAUCCUUUGAUGCAUGAAUGGACUCUUUGGUUCACCAAGCCUCCCAGUGGCAAAGGUGAUAACUGGAAUGAUCUUUUAAAGGAAGUUGUGACAUUUAACUCAGUUGAAGAAUUCUGGGGUAUCUACAACAAUAUCACGCCAACCUCCGAACUGGGUCUUAAAGCCGACUACCACCUUUUCAAGAAGGGAAUCAGACCUGAGUGGGAAGAUCCUCAGAACAAGCAUGGUGGCAAAUGGUCGUAUUCGUUCAAAGAAAAGCGUUCCGUACCCAUUGAUGAAUUAUGGCUUCAUGCACAACUGGCAGCCAUUGGUGAGACCCUCGAAAAUGACGGAGACAGCGAAGUUAUGGGUGUCGUUGUGAAUGUGCGUAAGGGAUUCUACCGUGUUGGUUUGUGGACACGGACUGUCGGCAAGAGCAUCCCGGGAGACAAGAAUGGCCGUACACCCGCUCAAGGCAAGGAGGUCCUUGAGGCCAUCGGAAGACGUUUCAAGGAGGUUCUGCGCCUCAAGGAGUCUGAUGUUGUGGAAUUCUCUGGGCACACAGACAGUGCACACAGUGGUAGCACACGAGCCAAGGCCAAGUACACCGUUUGA